UGCCUCUCUCAGAGUGUUACUCAUGGCAGUGUGUUGCUGAGCAGCAGCCAGUUGCGUUUUUCCCCUCGCCGUGCUCACUCAUUUUCAUACACUCUGUGGCUCAAAGGACGGACAAGACCUCCGCUCUCCUUCUCCUCUUUUUCCCGGUCUUCACUUCAUUCUGGCGUCUUUCCCUUUUUUUUCCACAGACGUCUCCCAGUGUUCCACCUUCCCCUCUGCUUGGGGGAGAAGUACAGAGGGGGGGCACCACUGUCUGCUUUUUAAGUGUAUGUGUAUUUAUGUGUGAGUGAGCACUGUGGGGGUUCAACAUGGAAGCGGUGGCACUCUAUACGUUCCGUGCCACAGAGGGAGAUGAACUCAGUUUCAACAAGGGAGACAUGCUCAAGAUCACCAACAUGGAGGACGAUCCAAACUGGUACACAGCUGAGCUCCACAACAGAAAAGGCUUUGUGCCAAAAAACUACAUCAACCUACGGCCACACGCCUGGUUCGCCGGUCGCAUAUCUCGGGGCGUGGCAGAAAGUCGACUCAGGCACAGAGAAUGUGGAGCUUUUCUAGCCAGAGAAAGUGAAAGCGCUCCUGGGGAGUUUUCCAUGUCCGUCAGUUAUGGGGACCAUGUCCAGCACUUCAAGGUGCUGCAGGAUCGCUGUGGUCAGUACUACAUCUGGGACGAGACCUUCUCCUCACUGAACGAGCUUGUGGAGUUCUACCAUAGCAACAGCAUUGCUAAGGAGAGGAUGGUCUUUCUGAGAGACCCAGAACACUUUGCCAGACGUCCACAUCAUGCCCGCGCUCUCUUUGACUUCAACCCGCACCACCCCUCCCAGCUGCGCUUCCUGCGUGGUGACGUCAUCGAACUCAUUGACUACUCGGAUUCUGUACGCUGGAGGGGCCGAUGUCACGGACGUGUGGGCUACUUCCCCCCGGAAUAUGUUCAAACCAUUUUCCAACCCGGCCAAUAACCUCGCCCAUAUAUAAUCCUGACCCUUUUUACAUCAACGUGCAUCUGUCCCCUGCUCUGCACUUGCCCGUUUGCUUCUGGAGCACACAAGCCACAUCUGAAGUGACCCCUCCCAUCUCUCUGUGACCCGCCAAUGAAAACACCUAGUCCAAUCAGCUUUUACAGUUUCAACAGCAGGUCCUUUAAAGCAGCCUUUUAGAAGUAAAAAAUUCACACAAGGACCUUUACACUGUGGAAGUAUCAUAUGUUCAAACACAUUUUUGCAGCCAUGAUAGUUUUUACAGCUUAUCAACACUCCAGCGGGCUAAAACUAGCCAACACAAACGUCAACUUGAUAAAAAAGGAAAAAAGUGGCUAAUGGCCGUUUUCUGGAUGAAGGGCAUAGCAGGGCAGAGCUGUCCCCAAUGCUCCAGAAUUUCCCACAAGCAGACCCAACAGGGGUGGGAUGUGUUAUGAGGUCAAACACAGAAGACAGUGGCAGAGCAUCCUUUUUGGCUGGUUUGGCCAUGUGACUUAAGGUGUUUGUAUGUAGUGUACAGUAGUGAACUUUACAAACAUGCGUGCUACUUCAAGAGUGAAGGUAUAACUACAAGUGUGAAUAUUUUCUGUGUUUUUCUUUGCUACAGAAUACUUUUUUGUGGACUAUUCAAGGAUAUGGCUGUCCUGCAGCACUCACUGAGUUGAGUGUUCAAAAUAAAAUAAAGAACUCUGCCUGGAAAGUGGGACGCUUAACUCUUCUGAACUUCUGAACUUCUGAAGCCUUUGUACAUGUUUUUCAUGUAUUUAUUCUAAUUCGUGUGAGUUAUUCUAAUUCUUGUAAGAUAAAGAAAAAACUUUUACUGCAAGUAUAUACAUAAAACUAUAGUAGAUUUUUUUGUUGCAAGAAAUAUUGAGAACUGAAAAAAAAUUGUAAUUUAUAGUUAACCUUCAUUGGUCUUCCAUUACCUGUAAUGACAAAUCAUUCCAAUAAAGUUCUACAUUUACCUCUUUGAACAUGAA